ACGGGCGGAUGGGUUUAAAUUGUUCGUCAAUGAGUCUCCUGCCUCGACUGUGCAUUCAUUCAUUCAUGCGACGAUGGUUGUUACUUGCGUCCACGUGUUGUUUAUGUUAGUGCUCUCAUUCCCAUGUCCCCCUGGUCCCAUGUCUCUGUCUCCCCACCUCCCCCCGCGAUGGACAAACGGAUUCACACACACACGGAAUAACGUCAGAGACGCAUCUGUGCAGUGGGCAGCCAGUCGAUCGGCCUGUGCAUCCCUUUUCGAGUACAAUUGACAGACCGACAGACAGCCACCCACACAACACGUGGCCUCACGACAGACGCACACAACACGGCACGAGACACGCAUGGAUAAAUCAAGAAACAGACCAGUGAGUGAUUGGUGGCAAGCUGCGGGCGAUGACCCGCCUCCCCCUCCCCUGUGCGCGGCUGGCGGACAGGUGUCCGUCGCGCAAAAGAAAGAGAUGCACAAAUGAAAGCGGUGUGUGCAGGGUCCGAGGUUGUGCGCAUGCAUUAAAGUCAGUGGAAGUCAGCUGGCGCGUGAGGAAGUCCCUCCCACACAUGCCCGCUUCGCAUGUGUGGGAGAGCGCUCGUGCGCGGCCAGCAUGGACGCAAAAAUGACAAGUCAGCCGAUCAUGCUCAUCCAGCCCAUCCGCAGCAGGCAGCCAGCCAGAACAUCCAUACAUAGUCAGACAGCAAGUUCAGACAGCAAGUUCAGAACUGGCAAUCGAUCCUGCUGAAGCAGCCACAGAGAUUGAAGCAGAACGAAAAGUCGCCCAGUCGGAAACCUGAUGGGCAGAUGUCAAUUGCAAAGCCGUUGGGAGCUGCCUGGAUUGAACUCGGUAUUAAUAUUCUGCAGAACUCCUGUCAAUGGGAAAACACAACGAAUCGCAAUGCAUCAAAUCGCUUGCUUUGCUUUCUCACGUCGGCAGCGGUUUGGCCGCAAGAGCUAAAAUCAGGGAUGAUUCCAGCAAAUGGAUCUCGGUUGCAAGAAUCUAUACGCUGCCCUGCGCUUGUGGCGGGGAGGUUGAAAGUGGGGACCGUUGGAAAGUCGAAUUGAUUCACUCGGGCUGAGUGAGAGAGAAGCCAAUGCGUGAACAACAGGCGACCACAUAAUUUCUACAAUGACGUACCCGCCAUCGAAGCGCAGGCUGAGUCUCCUUCAUUGCAAACCACACGCGCAGCACCUGGCCCACCUGGAAGCGUGUGUGGCGGCUCAAGUAAGAAACACGCGACGCCAGUGUCUCGCUUGCUUACUGAUUCUGGAAUCGUUCGUCGCGAGAUGAAGUACAGGGGAGAUGAAACGGAUGGCUGAUGGCACACAGAAAAAGAGACAGAGAACCAGCUCUCGAUUUGACUUCGCUCGCUUACCUCCGGGCGCCAGCGGCAGGCAGUCCAGGUCGGUCGGGUCGCAUUCAGCGGUUCGUCCAUUGGGCGGCUCCUCGGUGGUGGUGAGGUCGGCGUCGGGGGAAUCACCUGGGAAAUAUUCGGCGUCGGGAGAAUCACCUGGGAAAAGAAAGGACCAGGAGAAGGAGAGGGCACGUUGCAGAUCUGCGUGCAACCGUGGCGUGGCUCACCAUCGUCUUCGGGUGCGAGUUUGCGGAGAGGGGAGGGGCCGCCGACCGCGAGAGUCACGAGGAACAGGAGCCCAAGGACGCGAGCAAACAUCGUCAUGAGGGAGGCUGGCUCAGCUGAGAAGGAAGGAACGAGGCGAGAAGGAAAGGAGGGGAGAGGGGAAGAGAAAGACACACAACCAGGGAGGAAGGAGACCUGCGGGAAGGAUGGGGAAAUUUGCCGUACGUGAAUGAGAAAUGACGCUACCGGCUCCCGCUCCCGUUACUGCUUCCGUUGCUCUGCGCUCCCUCAC